AGCAGACUCCUCGAGAGGGAAGAGCGUCGCUCCGGCGUUGCUGCUUCACAUUCAUGACUGCAAAGAGCAUCGAGACGGCAGCCGGGGUUGUCGAGAUCGAAACGCAAGGCUCCGGCUUGCCUGUCGUGGUGUUGCAUGGCAGCCCGGGCGGCAUCGAUGGCGCUCGGGCGAUGAGCCAGUUCCUCUUGCAUGACAGCUUCCAAGUCAUCUGCCUUUCGCGUCCCGGAUACCUGGGGACGCCGCUGGAUGCAAAGGAUGCGUCCAUCGACCGCGAGGCAGACCUGCUCGCCGCGGUCCUCGACACCCUUGAGAUCAGCCGCGCCGGCGUGCUGGCAUGGUCAGGAGGGGGCCCAGCCGCGUACCGCUUUGCAGUCCGACAUCCCAGUCGUGUUAGCGCCCUUGUCGCCAUCGCUGCAGUGAGCUCCUGCUGGACUACGCGCAGGCCGACGAUGCUCGAGCGUUUCAUGUUUGGAACAUCGAUUGGUGAACGCAUCGUUGCUCACCUGACGCGAGCUGCGCCCGAGCACGUUGUGGAAGGGGCACUCGAAAAUGAGGGAUCGCUUCGUCGAGACGAAGUUGGUAGUCUCACCCAGCAAGUGAUGGCCGACGCUAAGCAGCGUCAACUCGUACUCGAUAUCGUGCUGACGGUGAAUACUGGAGGCAAGCGCCAGGCAGGGUGGCAGAACGACGUCAGGAACUUUGCCCGCAUCACGUCCCUGGAGCUCGAGCGCGUCCAGUGCCCGGUGCUCUUGAUCCACGGCGAUGCAGACACCGAUGCGACCAUUGAGCACAGCCGCGCGGCGCAUGCCCGGCUGCCGCACAGCAGCCUUGUUGUCAUGGACCGCGGCACACACCUUGCCUUUUAUGCUCACCCCGAGGCGACGAAGGUACAAGCGUCGGCUCGGAGUUGGCUUUCCGAGCCUAUCGCGAAGGCCGACGGACCUGAGCGCUUGUAAUCUAGUUACAUAGACGGCAUUCAAUGAGAUCUCG